AUGAUUUUACUUUAUAAAGUUCCACAUGAUCAUUUGACGGAUCGAUCUGACGGUGUAUUGCUUUCCACAAUGAUCACAAUGGAAUAUAAACUUAUAACAAAAAUUAAUGUUGUCUUUCAUUCCAUUGACAUUUCAUAUAUUGAAAAAUCUGAAUAUAGUCAAAGUGUACGAACUCAAGCUGAUGGUACACUGUGUGAUCAAGUGGAACAUUCAUUCUGUUCACCAGUAUUCAAAAUAUGCCUUCAUACAGAUGUUCAAAGUGUAUGCUCUCCACCACUUCCAAGAAACUUUGAACUUAUAGAAUCACACCAGGGAAAUUCUGUGAUUUGGAAAAAUGCCAGUAACACCGUCACUUUGUCCACCGUAAUUGAGGAUCAAAGAUCUAUGGAUGAAGCGACACUAGAUAUUAAAGUAUUUAAUGGGGAUGACGAUGAAGGAAAUAUUGUAGACCGAUUCGCUUAUCAUCUAACAGAAAGACUUAGCUCACUUAGAUCUGGAAAACUAGUAACAUGGACUAAUACCACUCAAAGAUCGAUUCGAGGUUUGAUGGAUUUGCAGCUAUCAAUUACAGCCAUAUACACUCCUGAUAAUGAUGAUAAUAAUAAUAAUAAAGAAAAAAUGAAGCAACGUACUUCAAAAGAGAUACAAUCAGUUGAUGAAGAACCCGAAGAUUAUCCAGGAUGGGUGACAUCUUCUUGUUUCAUAGCAUCUUCAGUAUUUCGUAAAGAUGUCUGUCUUAAAAUGGGCAUUCAGUGGAGAGAUAUGACAUCAUAUGAGAAGAAUUUUGAUGAUUAUGAACUGCAAAUACCUCGCCUUUUUCAUAUUUUUGAACAAUGGUUUUAA